AGCAGCAGCAGAGGCGGCAGCAGCUGAGGCGGCAGCAGCAGCAGCCGCUGCCCGGGAAGCUCUCUCUCCUCCUUGGGCCACUCCAGGCCCCGGCUGUGGGAGGCCUGCAGGUUAGGGUUAGAGACAUUUCGGACACCCUGCAUCUUUUGGAGUCCAGUUGACCUCAUCUGUUCAUGCAGAUUUGCUAGGAUUUCUUCCAAGUUAACAAAGGCACUUUAAAACCUCCCACGCAAACCUCAAAGGUAUUUUUUUGACCCAAAGUGAUUUCUCAGCCUCCCAAUCAGUCAUGGGUUGUCGGGACGUCCACGCAGCAACAGUGCUCUCCUUCCUGUGUGGUAUUGCCUCUGUGGCAGGGCUCUUUGCUGGGACUAUGCUUCCUAACUGGAGGAAAUUGAGAUUAGUCACAUUCAACAAGAAUGAGAAGAACCUGACGGUUUACACGGGGCUCUGGGUGAAAUGUGCCCGCUACGAUCGGAGCAGUGACUGCCUGAUGUAUGAUACCAAGUGGUAUUCAUCCGUUGACCAACUGGAUCUGCGGGUUCUUCAGUUUGCCCUCCCCCUCAGCAUCAUCAUCGCCAUGUCCGCACUCUUGCUUUGUCUGAUUGGGAUGUGUAACACAGCCUUCCGGUCAACCGUACCCAACAUCAAACUGGCCAAGUGUCUGGUCAAUAGUGCAGGCUGCCACCUGGUGGCAGGGCUCCUGUUUUUCUUUGCCGGUGUGGUGAGCCUCACUCCAUCCAUCUGGGUCAUCUUCUACAACAAUCACCUGAACAGGAAGUUUGAACCCGUGUUUUCAUUUGACUAUGCAGUGUAUGUCACCAUUGCUAGCUCAGGGGGCCUGUUUAUGACCUCGCUUUUGCUGUUCCUUUGGUACUGUGCAUGCAAAGCUCUGCCUUCUCCUUUCUGGCAGCCCCCUGUACUCCCACACUCCCAGCAUGCAUAGCUAUUCUCAGCCCUACUCAGCCAGAUCUCGCCUCUCUGCCAUUGAAAUCGACAUCCCAGUGGUUACACAUACCACUUAAUGGGAAAAGAGUUUGUUUUUAAGGAAAACUUUUAAACCAUCUACAAAGCAAUGUCUGCAGCCUGCACACAAUUUGUCUCGUCUCUGACUAGACAAGGUUGCUGUGUUUUUACAGUCUGAUCCAAUGAAGUAACUUAACUAUUGCUAACUAAUUUUUAUAAAAUGUGCAUUUUAUUUUUUAACCGAAACCUUUCCUUUUGACUGCUGCAUUCCUUUGAUAGUUACCCUGGGAAGUUUUCCCACUUCAACUUCCAUGUUAGUACUGGAGCCUAUAAGUGUAUGUGAUAUAUAUAUGUGAGAUAUAUAUAUAUAUAUAUAUAUA